AUGGUAUCAAUGGUGCUGCAUAUUCCAGUCCUCCUUCUUGUGCUCCAGCAUACCCUGGCCAGCAACAUACAGGAAAUCACCUUCGAGACGUACUUGGCAAGGUUUAACAAGGUGUACGAGAAUGUCGAGGAGUACAAUAUGCGCAAGGUGCUGUUCGAGCAGCGUAAAGCACUGCUGACGGCAGUGGGUUCUUCGAGGACCUGGACUGCAGGAAUCAACCAUCUUACCGAUGCCACCACCAGCGAGCUUCAGAGCAGCCGUGGCUACCGCAAGGAGCUUCGCGGCGCAAAGGAGGGCCAGUCAGCAAGGGCAUCAAAGUCUGGAAAGACCAGGAGGAUGAAGCUCCCAGAGUCUGUCGACUGGCGCCAACGAAGCCCCGCUGUUUGCUCACCGGUGAAGAGUCAAGGAGGUUGCGGCAGUUGUUGGGCCUUUGCUGCCUCCACCGUGAUAGAAAGCCACGUGGCCAUCAAUACGGGUGUGCUGCUAUCAUUGUCUCCUCAGGAGAUGACUUCCUGUUCGCCGAAUCCAGAUGGUUGCGGGGGUGAUGGCGGUUGCAGCGGAGCUACCGCUCAGCUCGCCUUCGCUUACGCUGUUGAAGCAGGUGGUGUGCCGGAUAUUUGGCAUGACCCGUACUUGAGUGGCAUGGAGUUCCGAAGCCGCCGAUGCGAGAACAAUACGAAGUUCUGGUUGCCCCGAACAGCCAGCAUCACAGGCUUCGUCACCCUGGAUCAGAAUGAUCCCAAGGCCUUGAUGGAAGCAGUUGCUAAGAUCGGUCCGAUAGCGGUCUCCGUGGAUGCCACUGACUGGUGGAUGUACGGAGGAGGCAUUUACGAUGGCUGCAACAAAACGGCCCCCAACAUCAACCAUGCCGUUGUGCUAGAUGGAUACGGCAUCGAGAAUGGCACCAAAUAUUGGCUCGUCAGGAAUUCGUGGGGAGAGAACUUCGGAGAAAAUGGUUACAUACGACUGCGUCGCUACGACGAUGAGCCCUGCGGAGAAGAUCCGGACCCUCUGGAAGGUGUCGGAUGCAAGGUGGGUGGGCCUCAGAAGAUCUGGGCCUGCGGCGAAUGCGGGGCGCCUCACCGCAGGACAAAGGAAGGGACUGAUAAUUAG